GAUUAGCAUCCAGUCCCCACCUCCUUGUUGUAUUCAACCCUGGUGUCCCGGCUCCAGCGGCACCGCUGUCCAACGUCCUGAAACUGCAGCCAGCGCUUCGCUUCGCCUCGCCACGCCAUCGCAGCCAUGCCUCUCAGACACACUGCAUGUGUCCUCCUCUUGCAGGCUGCUGCAUUGGUGCUACAUCAGGUCAACGCAUUCCCAACUCCUGCAGGAGCCCAAGACAAAGCUGUAUCUAAUCUGGAGUUAUCAGCGGAAAGACCAGUGGAAGUACAGGAACUGGACGGCCAUUCAUCAUCGACAGAGAACAAGGUCCCGCUGCAGAAUGACUCGUUUGCGGAUGACCUCAUGCUGCUGAAAUCAUUGGCGGAGAAAGAAAGUGAGAAGGCGGGGGACGUUAGCAAAGACUCUCCGACCAACGUCUCCGCUCCUCCCGCCCGCAGUGUCAAUUCCACCAAAAGCAGGAGACUCGCUCACGAUUACGACGAUUCCACAAAGAAUGCAAUGGAUUACAAAGAUGAAGAUGACCCUGAUGGUCUACACCAGUUGGAUGGAACACCUUUGACUGCCGAAGACAUUGUCCAGAAAAUCGCCAAUAGAAUUUACGAAGAAAAUGACAGAGGAGUGUUUGACAGAAUCGUUUCUAAACUCCUAAACCUAGGACUGAUAACAGAAAAUCAGGCGGACAAUCUGGAAGAAGAAGUUGCCAUCUCUUUGCAACAACUUAUCACCAAUGAAGCCCAUAAGAAUGAAGUCAGGGAUGAAAAUGAUGAUCUCCCUGUUCUGAAGACAGAAGCCGACCGGCGUGAUCGAGACAGGGAGGAGGACGAGAAAAUCGCAAAAGCUGCAAAGAAACAACGCGAGCUUGUGAAGAAGGAGAGAGACCGGACACCCACCAUUAACAAGAACCAAGGAAACAAUCUACCAGUUGCCCAGGACAUGGAUGAUCUUCAAUACUUUCCCAACUUCUACAACCUGCUACAGAGUUUAAACACAGAACAAGAUGCAAAGGAGAAGGAAACAUUGAUAACCAUCAUGAAAACUCUAAUUGAUUUUGUGAAGAUGAUGGUGAAAUACGGAACAAUUAAACCAGAAGAAGGCGUUUCAUACCUGGAGAAUCUCGAUGCAAUGAUCGCAGUGCAGACAAAAAACAAGCUCGGCAAAGUCAAGCCCUAUGCCAUAAGUAAGGAAACAGAAGGUACGAUCGAUAACUUAGACAGCACAAAGAACUACGUAAAGCAGGACAAAGAGACGGCUAAUUCUGAGGAUUCCACGAAAGAGAUAGUGGAAGAAACAGAAGAGGAGAAAGAACUUGACAAAACAGAGUCUUACCUUUCGGCAAUCAGAAAGAAUAUCGAGUGGCUGAAGAAACACAAGCAGGGGAACGGGGAAGGUUAUGAGCUUGAGAAGUUGCGAGACACCAUUGACCAACAAGUUGACAACUACGUACAAAAAGGGAUCCUGGAGGAAGGAGAAGGGGAUAUUAUCAAACGUAUCUAUGAUAGCCUGUGACACCCUC